GUCUUGCGGUGGUCGCCGGCUUCCUCUUCACUUCCUAUCUCCCGGAGAUGCAAUCAUCUGAACUGCAGGUCACCAAUGGCAUUGUUACUGCAAGCGGGUUCCUCUCCAGCGGAGCGUCUGCUGCUGCAGGGCUUAUCUCUGGUGGCCUGCUGAGUCUAGUGGAUGAUGUUCCAUUUGCCCAACCUCCAGAGCACGAAGUUGACCUUGACAUCCCGCCCGUGUUCAAGUGCAACCCCUUUGACCAUGUGCUUGUCGUCAACCUUGAGGGUCCGGGUGGAGAAGCGCGGCGAAAUCACAUCCUCCGUGAGUUUGCCAAGAAGGGCCUGCGAAACAGGUUUAAAUUCUGGCCGGCUGUGAACUUCGGCAAGGACGAAGGGCUAGCCAUAGAGACAAACCAGAAGCAAUGCCCCUGCGAUCCGAAGGUAGGUUGUGGAUUGAGCCAUAGGCGCAUCUACGAGACCAUGCUCGCAGAGCAGUGGGCCUGCGCCACAAUUUUCGAGGAUGAUGUGACCUUGGCAGAGAACUUCACCACUAGAAUAGAGGCUGCCAUGGACAGCAUCCCGCCCUUCGACGUUAUUCUUUGGGGCUUCUGCCCCGGCGGCUAUAAGCCUCGGCACGGGCCCAAAGACCAGAGCUCAGUGCCCAUACUCAGGUACGGCUGGCCCGGCUCAUGUGUGCAUGCUUACACGGUUAGCCUUUCAGGUGCUUUAGUAUUGACCCAAGCGAACACGCCGGUGAGAGUCCCCCCGGAUGGUGCAAUGGAUGGCAUGCACUGGUUCAAAGACAAAACUAGAUUGCACAUCGACCGGUCGGGGGGCAUCAUAACAGGCUCCUACUGGUUUGCCACCCCCCAGCUAUCAUGGCAAGGAGUGGAGGCAGACAACUUGGAGGGAGGUGUAUAG